UGGAUCUGACGCUGACUCUCUCUCUCUCUCUCUCUCUCUCUCUCUCUUUCCUUGUGACAUAGAAAGUUAGUUCGGUGACUGGUUUCUCCUCCAUUUCCAUUUACUCCUCUCUCUCCUCUCUCUCUCUCUACCUAGAUUUUCCUUAAUCCCUCCCUCAAUCAUAGCUACGGAUUCGGUUUUCUUCAGCAGUUUCAUGUUUGUUUUGCUGAUCGGAGCUUGAAUCGUCGCCGCCGACAUGAACCGCAACUGGAGGGAGCCUCUUUCCGCUCCCCGGAAUGCUCCUCUUCUCUCCCACCACCGCCGUGGUCAUAGCUUCACUGCAAUCUCCCGAGAUUCCGAUGAGAAUCUCGAUCUCUUCUCCAAGAAUCGCCGCAGUCUCUCCGUUGCUGCCUCCGAUGACUCCUCUGAUGCGUCGGUGAAACUGGGGAGGCUUUCGGUUGGAUCGGUGAAAUUGGCUAAGAAUGGGAUCGACGAUCUGCUCUCAUCGACUGAAGGAGGAAAACACGACUACGACUGGCUUCUAACGCCUCCUGGGACUCCUCUUUUCCCUUCAUCCUCGGAAAGUGAAGUUCAGUCAACUGUAGCAGCACCGAGAAGUAGCACCUUAGUCAGGUCGUCUUCCACAACAAAAGCUUCAAGGCUUUCAGUUUCACACUCAGAGAGCAACAAUUCUUCAAGGCCAGCUAGGAGCAGCUCUGUGUCUCGGUCUUCUGUCUCCACUCCACAGUAUAGUAAUUAUUCCUCAAACAGGUCUUCAUCAAUUCUUAACACAAGCUCAGCUUCGGUUUCCUCUUACAUAAGGCCUUCCUCCCCAAGUACACGUAAUUCAUCUACUACAAGACCUUCUACUCCAUCUUCACGCCCGACAGCAUCGAGGUCCUCAACUCCUUCAAGGGCUCGUCCAUCCCCCACCAGCUCCUCCAUUGACAAACCAAGGCAAAUUCAAAGUUCAAGGCCAUCCACUCCUAGUUCUAGGCCCCAAGUUCCUGCAAAUUUGAGUUCUCCUGCAGCCCGGUCAAAUUCCCGUCCAUCUACACCCACUCGACGAAACUCCGCUCCUUCACUCUCUUCUGUUGUAGGCGCUCCAUCUCCUACAGGGCGUGUUCUAUCAAUUAAUGGACGCAGCUCAACAUCAACAUCUCGACCAAGUUCCCCUAGUCCUCGCGUCCGGGCUUCACCUCAGCCAAUUGUCCCUCCUGAUUUUCCCCUUGAUACCCCUCCCAACCUCAGAACAACAUUGCCAGACAGGCCAAUUUCUGCUGGUAGAUCCCGCCCAACUCCUGCUGCAUCAGUCAGGGGGAGUCCAGAGCCUACAUCGACUGUUACCAUGCCUAGAAGGUCGGCAUCGCCUACUGUCUCAAGGGGAAGACUAACCGACACUCCUGGAAGAGGUCGCGUGAAUACCAAUGGACACCUCAGCGAUGUUUCUGAACCUAGGAGACUUUCAAGUUCCUCUGAUUUGGGGGGAAGGAGACCUGUGAAGGCUUCUACAACUACAGCGGAAAGCAAUGGAUUUGGAAGGUCUAUUUCAAAGAAAUCACUUGACAUGGCCAUCAGACAUAUGGAUAUAAGAAAUGGCCCUGGUAGCAUGCGCUCAGGUUCAGGCAAUACUCUAUUUCCCCACAGCAUUCGAUCGGCCACUUCCAAAACUCAGUCCAUUGCUUCAAAUAACUCCGAGGCCAUCGAUACCGACUUUCAAACGAGCAGCAACAGCUUUAUGGAGAGAGGAAACCAUUUACAUAGAUCCUCAGAAGGUGGAGGAGAGAAUGGACGGUUUUCUGCAAGCUUGAACCAUUUGGACAUCUAUGAGAGCUCCCGUUAUGAUGCAAUAUUGCUUAAAGAGGACUUGAAAAACACCAAUUGGCUGCACAGCGCAGAUGAUAAAACCGAUUUGGGUUCCAUUUUGGAUAAUGGAUUUGAAGCUCUGCCAGAGCCUUUUGGCCUCCUAUAACAUCUAAAGAUGAUGAUGGGGUUUGUAUUCUACUUUUAUUUUUGUUUUUAAUUAUCAUUAUUAAUUUUUUGGCA